AUGGCUCCUGCAACUUCUCUUCGUCACACAGAUCCGAUCUUUCACUUUAGAGCUCCCAAAGGUUGGCUUAAUGAUCCUUGCGCUCCAGGCUUCGAUGUGUCUACAGGCACUUAUCAUCUCUUCUAUCAAUGUCAGUUCUAUACACACGUACUUGUUGACUUCGUCACUGAUGAAACUUGCANNGGGAAUCCUGACUCAUGCGAUUGGGGUAACAUCACAUGGGGGCACUUGACAAGCUCCGAUGGACUUCGCUGGAGACAGCCCAACCCUGAGCCAGUAUUCAAACCAGAUCAACCUUACGACAAAGAGGGUAUCUUUACGGGUUGUUUUUGGCCCACUGGACCACAAGGCCAGGACGAGUCGCUCACAGUGCUCUACACCUCAGCUUGCCACCUGCCUAUCAAUUGGACUAUUGAGAAUCAACGCAAUUCGGCUGGCCUUGCUUAUGCAGCCUCCGAAGAUGGAGGUCAAACAUGGCGCAAGGGCGACGGAAAUCCAAUUCUGCUCGGCGAGCCUGAGGGGGUCACGGUCACAGGUUUCCGAGAUCCCUAUCUAGCUCGGUGGGACAGUCUCAACAAAAUCAGGAAUACCCAAAGCCUUUAUGGAGUCAUCUCGGGCGGUAUCAAGAACUUUGGCGGAGCUGUAUUCUUGUAUGAGGUCAGCCCGACCAACCUUCUCAAAUGGAAUUAUCUUGGACCCAUCUUGCAACUCCCCUCGAGAUUUGACCCAUCUGAUCAAUGGGAUCUUGGUGUCAAUUGGGAGUGCGCAGCCUUCAUGACCCUGUCAAAUGAUGUUGCAUCACGCGAUUUCUUCAUUCUUGGAUGUGAAGGUGCCAAAAGCNCUGGACACAAGGACAAUGACAACUUUGUUGGCUAUUGCUUGUGGAUGUCCGGGACUCUUGCGGGAUCAGACAAUCCCAAGAUGAAUUACGACUUUGGAGGCCUGCUGGACCACGGUUGCUUCUAUGCACCAAGCCAGUAUCGACAUCCUGUCUCUGGAGCGAGAAUUCUGUGGGGAUGGAUCAAAGAAGAGGACGUCACCCUAGCGCAUUGCGAGGAGAAAGGUUGGCGUGGUAUGCUUUCUCUGCCACGAGAGAUCUCUCUGUUGUCGAUAUCCAACGUCGUCGGCACUCUCAAAAACNCACUGAAUCAUAUCGAAGAGAUCAGUACGACCUCUGGUGAUCAUGCCGACACACAGUCAGUGCACACGAUGGGCAUUCGACCAUAUCGUGAUUUGCAUCUUCUCCGCAAGAGCAGCGGUCAGUCUUGGUCUUCAGUAAAUUGCGAGGCAAGCCCACACUUACUGUUCCACGGAUUGCAUUGGGAGCUUGAAGCUGUCGUGACACUAUCGUCGACAUCUGGAGCCAAGGUUGGCUUCCAUAUCCAGCACAACACGCCUGACUCUCAGAGAACCACGAUCUACUUCGACGCAGCCCGCGAGGCAAUCGUCGUAGAUCGGUCAACCAGCAACCACGAUCCAAAGGUCAUCAAAGACAUCUUGAAGGGUAGGUUUACUUUGUUCAAGCUUCGCAAGAAUGGCCAGGAAUCAAUGGAGCAACUCAACUUUAGGAUAUUCUGCGAUGGAAAUGUGGUCGAAGUCUUUGCCAACGACCGUUUUGCAAUGAGUUUCAUGCUGUAUGCAGACGAUGGGGACUGUACUGGUGUUAGCUGUUUCGUUGACAGCACAGAGCCCUCUGCGGCGACCUUCGAGCGAAUCAGCAUGUGGGAGUUAUCUAAGAUCUUGAUAGAUCAGUAG